UUGUAGCCGUCUCAAGUGGGGAUUCAAGAACGUCGAUGUUUUAUGAACGUUGUUUUGGUCUGUUCUGUUCGCCCUCUGGGUUGAAUGGAGAUGAGAGAAAUAUACUGAUGUAUUGAUUUCUACAGUUUGAUACAAAUACUGGUCUCAAUUGAGUCUUGCAAACAGCCUUUUAUACGCGGAAUUCUGAUGAUGUUGAUGAAUUUGAAUUAUUCAAUUUCUUGAACGUGCACCCUGGUAACGUUUCACGGAAGUGUAACGCAAAAAAAAGGAUAUCUACGGAAAUUGAUUGACGAUAGCUAUAUGUUAUUUAGUCAGCUGGAGAACGUUAGUUUUGUAAAGUGACAUUAUUUUCCAGGAGAAAGUACAUCACUGGUAGGCACUAAUGUAAGUUAGAUGAGGUAGCUAUUUAGACAGUCCUUUAUACAAAAGCAACGUAACGAGCGUUACCCUGGCCUGAGCUGUUCAAUCACUGAGACCGACAGCUCUAGGCUAGCUAGCUAACGUUAGAUGGCGCAGCCGUCAACAAACGACGUUACCAGACAUUAGAUAGCCUACGACGUUACCAGAUUUGUUCUGUUGGGCAUGUAUGUAACUUGAUAUAAACUACAAGAAGGGGUUCCCGCUGCUUUUAGGCGCUUCACACUGCCGACUUUGUCUGGUUCGAUAGACAAGUUAGCUAGCUACCUAGCUAGCUUCCUUGGAUAGCAUGAGUAAUUUGAAUAUCUCAUACAGUAAUCAAGGCAAAACGAUGGCAUCUCAAGGCGCGUGUCGCAGUGGGACAGGUGUCUUUUACCAAGCGAUGCCAGCUGUGGGAACUGAUGGGAGGAAUGUUAUGAAACUGAUCCCUGUUCAAAAAGUAAACGGACAGUUUGUUCGAUCACCAACAAGCACUAUGAAGGACAUCGCUGAACCUCAACGAGAUCUUACCUUGGACGUGCCAUCAAUUUCAAAGAUUAACAUGUGUACUUUGGGACCCACAGCUAAAGGACAAUCGGUGAAUAAAAGGCAAUUUUACAUGAGUACCUCUCAAAAUCCAACCAAUCUGACAGGAAUAUAUAAGUCGGUGAGCAUCCAGACUCCUAUAGUAACAACAAAAGUGCGUCAGCCCCAAAGUGCGUUAUCCUUGACAUCACCUGAGCUAACACUUUUGAAUAAGGAUCAGCUGCCAGUCACUGUGAAAUCUCCAGUGCUUCCAAAUGGACAAUACCUUCAAAUUCCUCCUAAUGCUCAAGUGAAAACCCUUCCAGCAUCCGCACUCCCCCCAGCCAUAAAGAGACAGAUAUUUACUUCAUCAACGAGCUGUGCCUCAAAUUCGAAUUUGCCAAUGGUUCUUUAUGUGUCCCCUGUCCAAACCAUGAAACCGGGUGGUACUCCGUUAUGUCCAACAUCUCAGAAGGCACCCCUCUCCCUCAGCCGACUUCCAAGGUCAUCUGGCCAGACACAUUCUACAUGCUCUUCAUCAGGCUCAACACCAUGUUCUACUACUGCUAAGGAUAUUAAAAGACCGGUCACUCCUCUUAAGUGGGUGAUUGAGGAGACAGAUGGCUCACCUGCUCCAUGCCUUGUUCCUGUGAAUUCAUCUUCUAUGACCUCAGAUAUUUUGAAAACUCUGGCAGAGAUGGAAAAAGCCACCAAACCCUGUGAAAACACAGCAAAAAAGUGUUCACCUUCCCAAGAGAGUCAGACAAAAAUUGGCCAAGAGAAGGACAAUGCCUUAGUGAUGUAUAAUGGGAAGGUGUAUUUUGUGGCCAAGAAAACUCCUGAGCUUUGUAACCGACCAUCAAAGCCCUUGGAGGCCAGUCGGAACAUGGGUGACUCCACCACACAGGCAGCAGAAAGUGUUAGAUUCAAUCAGAGAAUCAGCUUACCGCCCUCCCUACCCUUAAGCUCCUCACUUGGAUCACAAUUGUCAAAUAAAACCAGACCAGAUCCUAAACACAUUGUUAUACCAGAUGACAUCAUUGACCUCUGUGACGAUGAUCCCCAAGAUGACCUUACAUACCAGGCAAUAUCAACAAGGGACGUAACAAGGCAACCUUUAAGACAGUCUGAAGUCGAUGAGGACGAAGACUCCAAUGUAAUAUUUGUCUCAUACCUUCCUCCCAAAGCAGUGUCUAAAGUAGCUGAAGAAGACAAAGAAAUGGCUCAUAUGCUGAAUGACUUGGAAGCUGAACAAGAAGUGUUAUGCAGUCAAGAUCAUUUGAAUGGCCAGAUAGUGGAUAGUCAGAACAAAGUAUCUGGCCUGUCAAUAGAAAAGUGUCAGAGCGUUGCCACUGCCCAAGACAUGGCAGGCUGUCAAGGUAGUGCAACAGGCCAAGAGUUGAACUCCCGCCAGCAUAACAUCACUGGUCAGUAUAGGAAAAUUCUUCAAAGAUUUCAUGGCCGUGCAACUGGAAUCCGAAUAGAGAACAUUCAGGGUAAUGCCACUAGCAAGGAAAUGGGAAGCAGUCAUCCCAGUGCCUCAACCCAAGAAAUGGGGAAUGUCCAGGAUGAUGCCACUGACCAGGGAAUCGUAAACAGCCAGCACCAUCCUGCCACGCAAGAAAUGGACAACAUAACUGGAAGUACCUCUCUCCAAACAGAAAUGGAGACUCACAAGGAAAAGAGCUCAUCCGAUCCCAUCCCUGAGCAGCGGACUUCUGUGUUGGACAUGGAAUCCUUGGAAACUUGUGAUCGCAUGCUGAAACAGAUGUUUGGGAUCACAUCUGAUGUGAAAAUAUGUUUGGUGAGGAUUGAUGCUAAACCCAAGGCUAUCCCUAAGGUGUUUCCUCGGAUUGGGACCACAAACAAACGUACCAUAGAGGCUAUUCGCAAAUUGUUACAGGGAUCAAACAUUUUGAUAAAAAAGAGGGAACACAAGGAAACAGAGGUCUCUGCAACUAGGAAGGAUGGUAGUUGCCCAAUAGAUGCUAAAAGACUGAAAAUAGAAAAAGUAAAAAAUGCAUCUGAAAGUUCAGAAAACACAGAGACCCUCACCAGCCCAACUCCUCAGCUGGAAAUGCAGCCCCUCACCAGCCCAACUCCUCAGCUGGAAAUGCAGCCCCUCACCAGGCCAACUCCUCAGCUGGAAAUGCAGCCCCUCACCAGCCCAACUCCUCAGCUGGAAAUGCAGCCCCUCACCAGCCCAACUCCUCAGUUGAAAAUGCAGCCCCUCACCAGCCCAACUCCUCAGCUGGAAAUGCAGCCCCUCACCAGCCCAACUCCUCAGCUGGAAAUGCAGCCCCUCACCAGCCCAACUCCUCAGCUGGAAAUGCAGCCCCUCACCAGCCCAACUCCUCAGCUGGAAAUGCAGCCCCUCACCAGCCCAACUCCUCAGUUGAAAAUGCAGCCCCUCACCAGUCCAACUCCUCAGUUGAAAAUGCAGCCCCUCACCAGUCCAAGUCCUCAGUUGAAAAUGCAGCCCCUCACCAGCCCAACUCCUCAGUUGAAAAUGCAGCCCCUCACCAGCCCAACUCCUCAGUUGAAAAUGCAGCCCCUCACCAGUCCAAGUCCUCAGUUGAAAAUGCAGCCCCUCACCAGUCCAAGUCCUCAGUUGAAAAUGCAGCCCCUCACCAGCCCAACUCCUCAGUUGAAAAUGCAGCCCCUCACCAGUCCAAGUCCUCAGUUGAAAAUCCAGCCCCUCACCAGCCCAACUCCUCAGCUGGAAAUGCAGCCCCUCACCAGCCCAACUCCUCAGCUGGAAAUGCAGCCACUCACCAGCCCAACUCCUCAGUUGGAAAUGCAGCCCCUCACCAGCCCAACUCCUCAGCUGGAAAUGCAGCCCCUCACCAAUCCAAGUCCUCAGCUAGACAUCUUAUCUGAUGCUGAACAUAUAUUUGGCUAUGAGGAACCGACUGUCAAUGAUCUAAUUUCCACCGCAGUUGAAACAGGGUUCCCUUCCCAUCCUCUGCCAGAAAUCAAUCCAGUACAUAUUUCAAAAAGAAGCUCAAACUCACCCGUUCCAUCUGUCCACCCACAAACAAACGCUGAAGCUAUGAAUUGCGCUCCUGGGCCCCUCUGUGGCACAGCAAGCAACAUAAAGCCGAACUCUAGAAGAAGAAGGGGAAAAGGGAAAAGAUGCACAGCAUGUCCAUGUGGGGUGACUGGAACACUAGUACAAGAGAAAGCAAUGAGCUCAUCAUCCACUUCACAAGAGGAGCCUAGUUCAUCCAAACCACCAAACACCAGGUACUCAGGGUGCAGUACCAGUGCAAUUGCAAAAUCAGCUAAACGAAAGGGUAGAAAGUCCACAAAGGCUCAAAUGGAUGAUAAAGAGCUAACAUCUGUGGAGAUCCAAUGUCCUUCAACUGUGAGUGAGCAGGGAAGUAGUACAGCUGGAGAGAUCCCAACCAGUUAUCUCUGCUCUACAGCACUCAUGGACCCUGAAGAAAUCAAGCGUCAUGAGAGAAUCAAACGACUGAAAGAACUCUUGAAGGAGAAGGAGGCUGCUCUUGCAAUGAUUAGAAAGAACAUGGGCUGAGUUGGACUGAAUUGCUUUCCAAAUCCCAAUGUAUUGCAUUGCAUAACUUCAGCUUGUAGAACUCUUAUUUGAAUUGUCAUAUUUACAGUUCAUUCAGAAAGUAUUCAGACCCGUUUACUUUUUCCACAUUUUGUUACGUUACAGCCUUAUUCUAAAGUUGAUUUAAAUAAAUAUAAAUCCUCAUCAAUCUACACACAGUACCCAAUAAUGACAAAGCGAAAACAGGUUUUUAGAAAUGUUUGCAAAUGUAGAAAAAUGAAAAGUAUUCAGACUCUUUGCUAUGAGACUCGAAAUUGAGUUCAGAUACAUCCUGUUUCCAUUGAACAUCCUUGAGAUGUUUAUACAACUUGAUUGGAGUCCACCUGUGGUAAAUUCAAUUGAUUGGACAUGAUUUGGAAAGGCACACACCUGUCUAUAAGGUCCCAAAGUUAUCAGUGCAUGUCAGAUCUGGGGAAGGGUACCAAAAAUAUCGGCAGCAUUGAAGGUCCCCAAGAACAUAGUGGCCUCCAUCAUUCUUAAAUGGAAGGAGUUUGGAACCACCAAGACUCUUCCUAGAGCUGGCCAAACUGGGUAGAAGGGAGGUUUACAUUAAUGUUACUACAAAUGCAUUAUUUAGUUGAAUAUAUCCAACGAUUUUGUGCAAUAGGACUUGUAUAAUGACAACUUAGUAUACAAUUUGUAUUUGGCUUUUUGUGAUGACUGCAUUUGUAAGCACUUUGUACGCUAUCAAAAUAAUUAAGUCAAGUACUAGUAACGGUACGCGUUAACACGUUAACUUUGGCAGCCCUAGUCUGAAUGCUUAUGUAAAUGUAAUUAUGUUUUUUUAGGUAUAAUACAUUUGCUAACAUUUCUAAGUCUGUUUUUGCUUUGUCAUUAUGGGGUAUUGUGUGUAGAUUGAUGAGGGUAACAAAUCUAUUUAAUCCAUUUUAGAAUAAGGCUGUAAAGUAUCAAAAUGUGGAAAAAGUCAAGGUGUCUGUAUAGUUUCCAAAUGCAAUGAAUGUAAUGUUUUAUUACCUGCAGGAAAUGCAUUUAUUUUCUGUAUUGAAUGUUUAAUUCCAAAAUACAAUAAUUCCAGUGAUAACAUGUCAUUUAUAUUUUUAUGACAAUGUUCCUAGGUUUUCCUGUUUUGUCCUAGAGGGGUAGGUAUUAAGUAUGUUGAUGCAUUGACUAAGCAUCUUAAGAUAUGUUUUCUGAAAAUAUUUCAAUUUUACUGAUUAGCAUUUUUACACUGUUUGUAUUUCUGCCUUAUCAGCUUUUGCACCUAGGUUUUCUAUUUGUUCUGCAAAGAUUGAUCACAAUUCUAUCCACAAAAUGCAUGCAGAUACUUGUUGGCUCCCUUUAGAGUAAUUUAUUUUAUAAUGGACUAAUGUAAUGUUAACAUUUGGUUAGGUAGGCAUAAGUGUUUUUCUGUCUACGAAUAAAAAAUAUUGUAACUAAAAAAGAUGUAAUAAAUAAUAUUGUCAGUA